CGUCGACUUGGUGCUUUACAUAGCUUCUGCUUUUGUUCACCUCUCUUACCUCAGAGGAAGAAAGAAAUCUGCCAAAAUGAGGCCUCACUAUACUGGAUUGCUCCUUGGAGCUGUUACCGGUGCGGCUCUCGUUAAUGCCUCGGGUCACUAUCUACAGGAGGCAAUGAACGGCGAGCGUGUCUCUGGUUAUGCCUAUCACGAUACUCCUAAAUGGGAACCAUCUUUCACCAAUGAAUCCCCGCCCCUGAACGGUUUCCGUGUCUCUCGCGAGAAAUGGAGUCUUUCGUGUAGUAGCAGCCAGCGCGAAUACGAAUGCAACAACGCCAUAGAUGGUAAAAAUACCACAGACUGGCGCAGCGAAGCCGGGCAAGAGGAACAAAGCAUCACGGUUGACUUGAAACUCCCUCACUCAAUGAACGCCAUCGUCAUCCUGCCACCCAUCAACUCUGGGUUCGACGGAGUAAUUACCCACCACGAGGUGCACGUCAGUGAGGAUGGGAAGAAAUGGAAAGGUCCCAUCGCAUACGGAAAGUGGCCAAACUCGACUAGACAGCGGAUGUCCGUCUUCGAUCCCGUGCCGGCCAGGUACCUCAAGCUCACCACCCGCAACACAAACGAGACGAGCAAGUCAUGGGUGGGCAUCUCCGAGCUCAAUAUCUAUGCAACUACCUACACUAUCCCGCAAGAUCCUGCACGCGGUAUCUGGGGCCCGACAGUCAACUUUCCUGUGAUUCCUGUUGCCGGUGCCCAGGAACCGUCUGGACGUGUUGUUGUCUGGUCAUCGUGGGCCUCGGAUCAGUUCCAUUCAACGCCAGGUGGGAAGACGGCCAUGUCACAGUGGAAUCCCCUCACGAAGGAGAUUUCUCAGCGUGUUGUGACCAACACGCACCACGACAUGUUUUGCCCGGGGAUUGCCAUUGAUGGCACAGGCACGUUGAUUGUCACAGGAGGCAACGAUGCCAUGGUGACCAGUCUAUACGAUUCCGAGAAAGAUCAAUGGUUCCCAGGCCCUGAAAUGCAUCUUCGACGUGGAUACCAGUCGACAACCACUCUCUCUGAUGGUCGUGUCUUCGUGAUUGGUGGUUCAUGGGCUGGGGGCUCGAAUGUAGCAAAGGAUGGCGAAGUAUAUGACCCCAUUGCCAGAACUUGGACCAUGUUGCCAGGUGCUAAAGUGAAACCCAUGUUGACCGACGAUAUGGAGGGUGCCUGGCGAGCUGAUAACCAUGGCUGGUUGUUUGGAUGGAAGAAUUUGACCAUAUUCCAGGCUGGUCCCAGUGUGGCCAUGAAUUGGUACUCUGCAGCUGGAUCAGGCGAUGUCAAGAAGGGUGGAAAGAGAAUGGAGGAUGGAGACUCGAUGUCAGGUAACGCGGUCAUGUUCGAUGCUGUCAAAGGCAAGAUCCUCACUGUCGGCGGAUCCCCUGACUACGAGAUGUCCUGGGCUACGGCGAAUGCUCAUCUCAUCACGCUGGGGGAGCCUGGCGAGAUAGCAAAGGUCGAACCAGCAGGAAAAAAUGGUACAAUGCACUAUGAGCGGGUAUUCCACACUUCUACAGUGUUACCGGAUGGAAAGGUUUUCAUCGUGGGUGGUCAGAUGUUCGGAAUCGCAUUCAAUGAAGAAAACGUGCAGCACGUCCCUGAGCUCUACGACCCAGAAACCAACUCAUUUAUAGAGCUGCAGCAGAAUAACUUCGCCCGCGUAUACCAUCAUCUCUCUAUUCUCCUUCCCGAUGCACGUGUGCUGACAGCUGGUGGUGGUCUCUGCGGUAACUGCUCCGCCAACCACUAUGACGGUCAGAUAUUCACCCCACCAUACCUCCUAACAGCACUUGGGGAACCCCGUCCGCGUCCCAGCUUCACCAUCAAACCAUCCAAGCGUGUCGCUGUGGGAGGUAUGCUCUCAUUCUCGACCGCAGACCGAAUCGCCAGUGCCUCACUUGUCCGCCUCUGCAGCACUUCCCACACUGUCAAUACUGAUCAGCGCCGUGUCCCCCUGUCUUUGUACCGUUUCUGGCUCACCAACGCUUACCGUGCGCACUUGCCCACUGACCCUGGUAUCUUGAUCCCCGGUCCGUGGAUGCUCUUCGUAAUGGACCAAGACGGCGUCCCUUCUAUCGCUCAGUUUAUCAUGAUCACGGUGGACGGCAAGAAAUCCGCUGGCCUUCUUGAUGAAGAAGAGAGUGAGGAAGAGUUUUCGAGGAUGGAUCUGAUCAAGUAAGUUUUGGGAAACGGAUGCGGAGGAGUAGAUUGUGAUGAUGACGAUUUGGGAGUAAACAUCCGAGCGUUCUGUUUUCGAGGGCACGUUUUUCGAAGAAGGUUCGUGUCCAGUAGGAUCUAAUCCUGGUGCAGAAUUUCUUCUAGGUUGAAAUUUUCUGUAGAGAUAUGUUCAGAUAGUCGAAAAGCAGGCGGGCGAGAAUAAAAUCACGUGAGAUUUUGUAUCUUGGAG